AUGAAGCGUAUCGGCCUUCAAGCUCAACGGCGAGCUCAAGGCUCUCUCUGCCAGCUCUGCGCCUUUUCCACGUCCUCAACUCCACGCAGGUUUACGCCCUUUUCGCGCGCGGGCGUUGACAGGAGGAAUCCAUGCGAUAUCUUUUAUAGCAGCAGAAGAAAUGCUCUACGGCGGAAUGAGUUUACAUAUAGAUAUUCGUCGACUGUUGCUGCGGCUCAGUCAGAUACCCACGAUGAUUCCGCCGUUCGAGAGAUAAUAUCCGAGAGCAAUUCGAUAAUAUCAGGCACAGCCAUACCACCAGAGGAGUCGGUCGUGAACAUCCUAAAGCAGAGUCAGGCCAUCAUCGAAGCUGGUCAAUCGGUUAAAACAGCAGAAGUCCAGCCGGAUACCAAACCGAAGAAGGAUGCCAUCUCUUCCCUCCUCAACCUUGAUGAAGAAGAAGCGACGGCGGCACAAAAGAAACCAGCUCGAGCACAGAAGAAGGAUCCUUCCAUAGCCACAUCAGCAAUAUCAAACAUGUUAAACGACUUAUUACAAGAUCCGAAAGUUUUUAUAUCACCUGAGAUACUGAGGCUCUAUACUUCUAUUCAAUGCCAACUCAAGAAGGCCGACUAUAUACCCACCAUAUUCACCCUUUACGCUAACAAGCCCUCUCCACGCUCCAGUGGCGGGAAAAUAACAUAUAGUCCCGCCAAUCCGAAGAGCCCACAGAAUGCAAUUCCUCCUACAGUUGCCAAUGAUGCUCUCGAAGUGGCCAUGGAGCAGCGGAAUCUCCCUUUGGCCUUGGCUAUCAUCGACAGCGCAUACUGCACACCCGCCUUCUACCGCUCGAAGAUCAUCCGACAGGCAUCUUUCCCCCUCCUGGGACUGCUCGCUACACCCCCCGCAGCAUGGGCGAUAGCAUCGUACAUCUCAACCCUUCAGAAUACCAUGGACCCAUCGACGGCCAGGGGGAUUGCAUUUUCUGCCAUUCUUGCAUAUGUCACCUUUACUUCCUCUGUAGGGGUAGUCGCAGCUGCUACUUCGAACGACCAUAUGCGACGAGUGGUCUGGAUUCCAGGAACGGCGUUACGAAGCCGCUGGCUACGGGAAGAGGAGCGAGAGGCUUUAGACCGAAUUGCGCAGACAUGGGGGUUCAAAGACCCGUUGAUGCGAGGCGAGGAGGUUGGAGAAGAGUGGGAGGCUCUGCGCGAAUUCAUCGGCAUGAGGGGGAUGAUUUUGGACAAGACUGAUCAUAUGGAGGGUAUGGAGUAG